AUGUAUUCCAAGUUCUGGCCGAAAGGAGGUCUCCCAGGCGUCCUGCACCACUACACUGAAUCCCUCGUCACAUUCGAAUACACCACCGCAAAUGCCCGCAAACCUCACAGUCUCCUUUUCGUCGGCGGUCUAGGCGAUGGCCUCGCCACAACCUCCUACAUGGCCGACCUGGCCAAGGCCCUCCAGCCUACCGAGUGGUCCCUCUUCACUCUAAACCUCACAUCCUCUUACCAAUCAUGGGGUCUGGGCCACCUGGACCGCGAUACAAACGAGAUUGCGCAGUGUAUCCGAUACAUCAAGGAUUUCAAGACCGAGAAAUUCGGCGAGGGCAAGAUCGUUAUGAUGGGUCACUCAACUGGUAGUCAAUGCGUGAUGCACUACCUCUACCGUCCAAACCCUCACACCACUGCACCCGCAUUCGACGCGAGCCUCGAGCACACGGAUCGCUUACCGCUAGACGGAGCUAUCAUGCAAGCGCCCGUGUCAGACCGAGAAGCUGUGCAGCUGUGCAUUGAGCACGGGUUUGGCGGUAACUCGCCUAGCCAGAUGCAAGAGAUCUGUGAUAAGAUGGAGGCGAUUUCUAAGGAGGCUGUUGCGCAAAAUAGUUCCUGCGAUACUAUGCUUCCGCUGGAGUUGACCUCUGCUAUCUACCCCUCCAAUACACCUAUCAGUUGUCGCCGCUUCCUGAGUCUGUAUAGUCCUGAGAGUCCGCAUAUCCCUGGCGAGGAUGACCUGUUCAGUGCAGAUCUGAGUGAUGAUCAGCUUGCGUCGACAUUUGGAUUGAUUCAGGAGCAGGGUCUGCUGAAGCAUAAGCUGAUGGUCUUGUACUCUGGUGCGGAUCAGGCUAUUCCUGGGUGGGUGGAUAAGGAGAAGAAUCUGGCUAGAUGGAAGAAGGCCAUAAACCAUGGUGAUAAGUUCCAGAUUUGGGAUGAUAAGUGGACUGCGGUUAUUCCCAAUGCUUCUCAUGCGUUGAGUAAUGAUGAUCAGGCUGAGCCAAGGCAAUUCUUGGUCGGCAAGGUCAUGGGAUACUUGGGAGAGGCGCUUGCGAAAUAG